GUCUACUCAAUAGCCUCGUGAUGUAAUCUUCAUCUUCCUCCACUUUCGGCCUAUUCCUAUUCCUAUUCCUAUUCCCUUCACCCGCAUUGGCUUUGAUCUUUGCUUUAUUUAGCAAAACCCUCAAAUCUAUCAAUUAUCUUCAGUAUUGAUCAUUAAUCAGUAGUAGUACCACAAUGUCUAGUGGGAAAGCUCUUGCACAAGCUGGAUCGUCAAACUCUCUAAACGAUUAUCAGCAGCAACAACAGCAACAACAAACAACACCAAGCCGUUAUGAAUCUCAAAAAAGAAGGGAUUGGAACACUUUUGGGCAAUAUCUGAAGAACCAGAGGCCCCUAGUUCUACUCUCCCAGUGCAAUUGCAAUCAUGUCUUAGACUUUCUUCGAUAUCUUGACCAAUUUGGAAAGACCAAAGUUCACCUUCAAGGCUGUAUGUUUUACGGACAGCCUGAGCCGCCAGCGCCUUGCGCCUGCCCACUUAGACAAGCUUGGGGUAGCCUAGAUGCUCUCAUUGGGCGACUUAGAGCUGCUUAUGAAGAGAAUGGAGGCUCACCAGAGAUGAAUCCCUUUGCCAAUAGUGCAAUCCGAGUUUAUCUUCGAGAGGUGAGGGACUAUCAAGCUAAAGCAAGGGGGAUCCCUUAUAAGAAGAAAAAGAAGAUCAAGACUAAUCAAAGCAAGGGAAAUGAAGCAUCAAGUGCUUCUUCUGCACACUUUGGUGGUUGAUUCCUGCUUUGGCUAAAUUGGAUAUGAUAGAAUAUGGAGGAUCGAUCCUCUCAGGCUAAGCUUUGUCAGAAAGUAAUUCUAAGCUGGACUAUGCAAGUGGUCCGAGUUUAUAUAUUAUUAUGUUGGACAUAUUUAUCUUUAAGGAUGUGUUUUAAUUAUAAGCUAGUUUGCAUUAUAUACAUAUAUAUAUCUUGUCUUUUAUUUGUUUAAGGUUGUAAUUAAUUAAAAGUGAAUAAACAGUUAUUUAUUUCUUUGGAGAAGUGAUAUUGCUUUUCUAUAUUAAUGGUUAUU